GAAGGGCGCAGGAGCACCGCUCGGAAGGGGACGCCGUGGACCAGAUGUCUGUGAGGGAGCCGAGCCUCUUCCCGGACCCGCGCCGAGGGCGACAGUGAUGCUGCAGAACCGGCGGGAGCGACUCGUCGCCGCCGCUCCCCGCGCUCUUGGAGACCCCGGCGCCCGCCUUCUGCAGGGGAAGCGACCAUGGCCGUAGCUCGUGACUUGCUCCCCGGGCACUUCCCCUAGAAAGAAAUCCUUGAAAAAGUUGCAUUGGAAAAAAAAAUCCUUGCGUUGACCUUCGGGGACGUGGGCGCCGAAGGAGCGUGCGUGCGAGUGCGAGCAAGAAAGCGAAAGGUGUGUGUGCAUGGGGGGCCGGCAGUGGGGCGACCCUCCGCUGCCACUGCGCCUAGCCUUGUGCUGAGGCUCUGGCCCUCGGCCCCCACCCCGGGAACCCGGGGCUGCGAUGAGCCCCUGCGGGCGGGCCCGGCGACACACGUCCAGAGGGGCCAUGGCCGUCCUGGCGUGGAAGUUCCCGCGGACCCGGUUGCCUGUGGGAGCCAGUGCCCUCUGCGUCGUGGUCCUCUGUUGGCUCUACAUCUUCCCCGUCUACCGGCUGCCCAAUGAGAAGGAGAUCGUGCAGGGGGUGCUGCAACAGGGCAUGGCGUGGAGAAGGAACCAGACGGCGGCCAGAGUCUUCAGGAAACAGAUGGAAGACUGCUGUGACCCUGCGCAUCUCUUUGCUAUGACUAAAAUGAAUUCCCCCAUGGGGAAGAGCAUGUGGUACGAUGGGGAGUUUUUAUAUUCCUUCACCAUUGACAAUUCAACUUAUUCCCUCUUCCCCCAGGCAACCCCAUUCCAGCUGCCCUUGAAGAAAUGCGCGGUGGUGGGAAAUGGUGGGAUUCUGAAGAAGAGUGGCUGUGGCCGUCAAAUAGAUGAAGCAGAUUUUGUCAUGCGGUGCAAUCUUCCUCCUUUGUCAAGUGAAUACACCAAUGAUGUUGGAUCCAAAAGUCAUUUAGUGACGGCUAACCCCAGCAUAAUUCGGCAAAGGUUUCAGAACCUGCUGUGGUCCAGAAAGACGUUUGUGGACCACAUGAAAGUGUAUAACCACAGUUACAUCUACAUGCCUGCUUUUUCUAUGAAGACAGGAACAGAGCCAUCCCUCCGGGUUUAUUACACACUGUCAGAUGUUGGUGCCAAUCAAACAGUGCUCUUUGCCAACCCCAACUUUCUGCGUAGCAUUGGGAAGUUCUGGAAAAAUAGGGGAAUUCAUGCCAAGCGCCUGUCCACAGGACUCUUUUUGGUGAGCGCGGCCCUGGGCCUCUGUGAAGAGGUGGCCAUCUAUGGUUUCUGGCCCUUCUCCGUGAAUAUGCAUGAACAGCCCAUCAGCCACCACUACUAUGAUAAUGUCCUGCCCUUUUCUGGCUUCCAUGCCAUGCCGGAGGAAUUUCUCCAACUCUGGUAUCUUCAUAAAAUUGGUGCACUGAGAAUGCAGUUAGACCCAUGUGAGGACACCUCACUCCAGCCCACUUCCUAGGGACAGUGGAAAAAGAAAGGACUGAGCCAGGGUAUUUUUGUUAGGUUUUCUACAUGACUCCAAAAGGAAAUGGUAGGUCGUUUCAUGGAUUUGCAUGAGCCACUUGGAAAAAACAACAAAACCCAAGGGAAACUCAAUUUUACUGUUGGCUUGGAGGACAAAAAAGAAGUGAAAUGUCCUAUGAAAUCUUUUAUAGCACAUGGUGGAUUUGCAACAUCAUAACAUGCUGAUGAAAUGACAUUGGUAAAGCAUGUUUACAUGGUUCAAAUUGAGAAGGUACAGUUCACAAACAAGAUGAAACUCUAGUCGUUGAAGCUGAGGAAUUAAUUCAGGUAGACUAAAUGAAAUGCCAGGGUAAAAGUGUUAGUGGUUAUCAACGUGAACGGGCUUA